GCGUUAAAGUUAAGACAAGGUUGAUAGAGUUAAAGUGAACUCACUGUUAUUGCAUUCUAGUUACGUAGAUUGCAUUUACAUGUGACAGUGGCAGUGGGAGUUAGAUGGAAAUUGAAGUUCCAUGCGUUCAAUCUCUCAUAACUGGUCUUGUUCUUCUCUUGGUCUUGGUUCAGGCGCGAGCAUCAUCACCUUUCUUAAGGCGUGCAAGAGCAGUGAACAGCUGAAGCAAGUGCACGCUUCCAUCAUCUACCGAGGCCUUGAGCAAGACCACUUCCUCAUCUCCCUUUUCAUUCCCCUCUCACACACCCUCUCCACUCUCUCCUACACCUCCUCCGUCUUCCUCCGUGUCCUCACCCCUUCAACCUUCCUCUGGAACACUCUCAUCAAAUCCCAUUGCCAAAACAGCUGCUUCUCCCAAACCCUCACCGCCUUCGCUCGCAUGAAGGCGCACGGGGUCCUUCCCGACACCUUCACCUACCCUUCUGUCAUUAAGGCCUGUUGCACCACGUGCAUGCCGUGGGAAGGAAAAUCGCUUCAUGGGUCCGCGUUCCGGUGUGGAGUCCACCGGGAUCUCUACGUGGCCACCAGUUUGGUUGACAUGUAUGGUAAAUUCGGGCAGAUUGCUGAUGCUCGCAAGGUUUUUGAUGGAAUGUCUAAGAGGAGUGUCGUUUCUUGGACUGCUAUGCUUGUUGGGUACGUUGCCGUUGGGGAUGUUGUGGAGGCCGAGAAGCUGUUUAAUGAGAUGCCGCAGAGAAAUGUGGCUUCUUGGAAUGCGAUGUUGCAGGGUUUUAUCAAGUUGGGGAAUUUGAGUGGUGCUAGGGACGUGUUUGAGGCUAUGCCGGGGAAGAAUGUUGUUUCUUUCACCACCAUGAUUGAUGGGUAUGCUAAGGUGGGUGACAUGGUGGCCGCGAGGUUCUUGUUUGAUCGUGCUCCUGGAAAGGAUGUUGUUGCAUGGUCUGCUUUGAUAUCGGGUUAUGUCCAGAAUGGGCAGCCUAAUCAGGCGUUGAAAGUGUUUUUUGAGAUGGAAUCGAUGAAUGUGAAGCCUGAUGAGUUCAUACUGGUUAGCUUGAUGUCGGCUUCGGCGCAGUUGGGACAUUUAGAACUCGCUCAAUGGGUUGAUUCUUAUGUAAGCAAGAGCUGUAUUGAUGUUCAGCAGGACCAUGUAAUUGCAGCGCUUCUGGAUAUGAAUGCAAAAUGUGGGAACAUUGAUAGAGCUUCGAAAUUGUUUGAGGAAAGACCUAAACGAGAUCUAGUCUUGUAUUGUUCGAUGAUACAAGGGUUGUCAAUUCAUGGGCGUGGGGAACAAGCCGUGAAUCUGUUUAACAGGAUGCUGAUGGAAGGGCUGUAUCCGGAUGAGGUGGCCUUCACAGUCAUUCUCACAGCCUGUAGUCAUGCUGGGCUUGUUGAUGAGGGCUGGAACUACUUCCAAUCCAUGAAGCAAAAAUACUACAUUAGUCCUUCGUCUGAUCACUACGCGUGUAUGGUUGAUCUUCUAAGCCGGUCAGGACACAUAAGGGAUGCUUAUGAACUUAUAAAAUUAAUGCCUGAGCCUCGUGACGGUGCCUGGGGUGCACUUCUUGGGGCAUGUAAACUAUAUGGUGAUUCAGAGCUGGGAGAGAUUGUUGCCAAUCGACUUUUGCAGUUUGAUAAUCUAAAUGCAGCUAACUAUGUGCUGUUGUCUGACAUCUAUGCGGCAGCAGAGCGAUGGAUUGAUGUUUCCCUUGUGAGAAGUAAGAUGAGGGAAAGGAGAGUGCGUAAGAUACCUGGUUGCAGUAAAAUUUAGUCCAGGGCCGAGUUGUUCUGGUAUAUGAAGUUCUGAAAUGGGAAAUUUGGUUGCAGAACAUCGAAGCCGAUCUGAAUUCAUUUUCAGCUGAUCUGGAAGCUUUAGCUGUUGCCCCAUGGCUGUUAAACUGUCAAUGGAGAAAUAUGAAUUGAUCAUUCUUUCUUCAUACGCUAAACACCAAACCGUAUACUGCUUUCUCUCCUCAGUACACUUCACUGCACUAUUAUUCUAAAGGAGCAUGUCAUAAGUCGGGACGAAAAAGAAUUUGUGACCCAACUUUUGAGUUUAGAUUUCUUUCGUAGCUAUCAUUUUUCCCCAAGAGGGAAGGGAUGCUUUGCAUGAAGCACGAACUGUUGCUGAGUUAUCCUGGUACUAAAUGAAGAUAGAAUGGGUUGGUGAUCGAUAAAAAAAGUCAGAGAAGCCGCCAAAAGUUUCAGCUACAAGGUUUCCGAAAAUUUUGAUUUGGAAUACAGGUGGGAUAAGUGUCUUCCAACAAAAAUUUCCAGAAUUAGUCUAGUGUGUUUAGAAAAGCAAAAUCUGAUUUGACAGGGAUAUGGAAAAUUUUGAUUGGGGUGCAGGAAGAAACAUCAAAUGCAAAAUUGUAAAAUCGUAAUUUUACUGUUCGGGAAUGUACCUAAAAUGUAAUUGAUGUUACGCAAGAAUUACUGAUUUCAUCUGUUAUCACCUACCAUUUUUCCUUGUCAGGGAAGAAGCUACAAAGUCAUAGAAAAUCAUUUAAAGCGUGUACAUUUCAGCUUCUGAUCUUGAGACUGUAUUUUAGUAAUGAAGGGGUUGUAAUAAAUAGAAGUGGGAAAAAUAUUAAGUUUUUUAUUACUUGGAUUGUUUAAAUUA